AUGUCGACCUCGCCGCCUGUCGCGAAAAAGUUGAAAAUGACGCUCCAAGCUUCGAAAGAAGAUAGUGGCCCAUCGUCCAGGACUCGAUCCAAAACGAAAAGUCUGGAGAAGCCCGACAAGUCCAUCUGGGGUCGACAUCGGGAGAUUCUCCUAGAAGAGGCACCAAUCAAGGAAGAAGUCGUUCGCGAACCAAUGGACAGGCCAAUGGAAUUAGUAAUGGACGUAUCGAGCGUCGAAAAGAAGGCUCCUCAUCCAGACGCCCGAAACAACAACUUCGACUUGGAUGAGUUCGACGAUAGAAACAAUACCCAACGUGAAUGUCCGGUUGUCAGAUUCUAA